AUGCUUCGUGCUUUCUCCUCUGCUGCUUGCCGUGUUGCCGCUGUCCGUUCAACUGUUCCCGCUGUUCGCCCCGCUGCCAUGGGCUUGACCAAGCGUUUCUAUUCUGCUGGACAUGAAGACGAAAGCUUCGAAUCUUUUACCGACCGUUACGUCAAGUUCUUUAACGGUGUUGAAGAUCUCUUCGAACUCCAACGUGGCUUGAACAAUGCAUUCGCUUACGAUCUUGUUCCUGCUCCUUCUGUUAUCGAAGCCGCUCUUAGAGCUUCUCGUCGUGUCAACGAUUUCGCCACAGCUGUUCGUGUUUUCGAAGGUCUUAAGGAAAAGGUUGAAAAUGAAAGCCAAUAUAAGCAAUACCUUGAAGAAUUGGCACCUGUUAGAGAAGAAUUGGGUGUUUUGACCAAGGAAGAAUUAAGCCAGUAA